AUGUCCUCUAACUCAGCCAACUCAACGGGGGCGGACAGCGGCGGGGACGGUGGUGGAAAGGACAACGAUGCUGAGCUGUUCGUGGCCAUUGUGGCCUUGGUCAUUUCUGUCCUGGCCUUUGUCAUCGCGAUUUUCCAAGCAUUGCAGCAGUACUACGCAUCGGCAACAGGUUAUUCGUCGUGCACCCCCAAAGUCAUUGGAGAUUGGGCGAAAUUCACUCGUCGCAUUUUCAAGUGGUAUGAGUUCCGUUUCGAAGUCGAGUUUGAAACUCCCGUCAUCUUCGUCGCAAGGCCGACAAACGAGAGAGGGCCUCUAGGGAAACAUGACAAGAAAGAAAUCACGUACAUGGUUGGGACGACAGAGAGUUACCAGGGAACAUACACGUGGGACCAGGCUGAGUACAACCAAAUGGAUGAAAACCUGCGCGCUGGAAAUACCCGCCAAGCUAUCCACACCGCCGACAACGAGCUCGCAAACUGGCUGGGACUGCUGAUGGCAAUCCAACGUAUGGAGAAUGAGUCACGAACUUGGCAGGAUAACGAGUAUUUCGGCCAUACACCCCAGUGGCAGGAGCAAACACCUUGCCAUCCGACCCCAUCCAGCAGUCCAGUCACGCAUACACUUUCCGUUGGCAUCCAGAGGAAGAAGAAGUCUUGGGAUAGUAUGCCGGAAAACAUGAAGAAGCCCUACGCCACAACGACCAUUUCGCAUCUCGUGGAAAUCGCGGCCAUGUUGGGGAUCUACUGGAAGGAAUUCAACCGGAACGAGGACCGCUACCGCGCCCAAGGUAACGGCUUCAUGAUCACUGGAUAUGACGUCGACGACCUUGGACUUGUGUUCACGUUCCAGAAAACAGGACCAACUUGGUUCCAGGAGAACCGCCUGAUCCCUCAUAAUAGCGUCAAAGAGCUUUGCUUUGGAUACUGUCCCACAAUCUUUCGUCAACAUGGCAAUGACAACUACAAGUAUGCCGAUGAGCCAAAAGAUAUUGGUACUCUUCAGUUGGGAAGCAUGUCAGCAAUUGCAGAGACGCUUGUUGUCAUUGGCUGCAACACCAACACGGUCAAUUCCUUCCGCAAGCCUAGCCCUGAAACCCGGCACGCUCAUAUCUUCCCUAUUGCUUUCGAGCUUCUCGGCAUGAUCGGUGUUGUUCUCCAGAUUCCUGGCACCGCGUUUCGAAUGCUUCCGAACCCAACAAUUUGGUACUGGGACCGAAAGUCCUUCUCGUUGCGCACGUUUUUGAGCGACUUCACACAUCGGAUGAAGGAAGCUUCGACGACCGACAAUAUGUUUACCGGAAUUCCACAAUCAUGCAUAUACAUUAUCAACAGAGAAGCAGAAAGGAUUGAGAGCAAGUUUGAGGAACUGAAAGGUUUCAAGAGGCAUCAAGGGAUCAUGGCGCGUACUCAAAACGAUGAGGAGAGGAUAUACUCCAACGAUCUUGUCAUUGCUCUUCACUCUGCCAUCUCGCAGUGUGACGAGCACCUUCAGGAUCCGAGCCGGCUUACCCUGGUCCAGAAUGUCCUCCGUGUGCAUUUUGAAGAGGUUUUACGCAUUCUAAACGACUAUGAAAGCGAGCCCAAAGUAGGUGCUGGAACGUCAGAUGAUGUUGGCAAACGUGGGAAGCAAGAUUUGACCGUACCUGGCGCAUCACCUACCCAUAAGACGGACGAAGAAAAAGCAGAAACCCAAAAGGACACUUCUCUGCUACAAACGCUAGACUCAUCAUCUUCAAGCGAGAGACACAUGGUUUUGGUCGAGAUAUAUCUCUUUUCUGUACGGAAGAAAGUGAUUGACAUUGUGUGCCGCCAGCUGAAGCAAGAAAGGCUUCGUCGGGAACGCGGUGCCAGGUCUAUCGCGUCAGAAGCCUCUAUGGAACUUCUGCCGAAAGACCAGGAGCAGCAGAUUAGUGAUAUCUGGUGCAUGCUUGUUUUCCGUAUGAUUUGUUGGCUUCUCCUGCACGACUUCCAUGGAAAGGACAUCCAGGUGGAGAAGAGUGACAUAUUCGGCAGUCGAAUGCCUGUUUACAUCACCUAG